ACUCUGCUCCAGAAAUUUUGAGCGCAUUGAGAGAGAUGAAGAAGAAAGGGAAUCACAGGUCCUCAGUAGCGGAGCUUCUGGAAAUGCCAUUGCCAAAGGCAGCUUCUCCUCCUCCUCCUUCUCGUACAAACGAGUCUCCGAAAUCUAGUAUUUUCAUCAGCAGCAAGAACACGCUCUCUGCAUCGAAGUUCAAGAAGGACAAGUCGCUGCCUACUGCUCUCAACUCCCUAAGCAGCGUCUCCGAUCUUAAGGACCUCGCCUCUUCACACCUCGACGAUCUCAAGCGUCACAUCGAUCGCUCUCACUCCGAGAUCCUUAAGGAGCUCGACUCUUCCCAGUCUCGCCUCCACAAGCGCUUCAAGAUUCAGACUCAAUCAUGCCAACGAUUGAUGGAUGAAUCAGAGAAGGAAUACAAGAAGAUGUCAGAAAGGAUCAGUGAAAGUCGGGAAGCAAUGAAGGCUUCAUAUGGAGAGUUCAUUGCAGAUGCACAGGGCAGCGCAUCUCGUGCGUGCAAAACAUCCAUCACUGAGCUUUCACAAUCCUGUGAGAAAGCAAUUGAUGUUCUCCGAAGCCGAUUUGGGAUUCCAUCAACUUAGCCAUCACUUGUCCAUGCCCCCCUCAGUAACUGAAGUUUUUAGCAUUCUUCACCAGAUGCCAAAGGGGAUAAAGCGAUAGCCACAAUCCAAACAAAAAUGACAUUUUUAGCAAAACAAGUCUCCAUUUCUCAACAGAUUCUGAUUGAUGCAACUAC